UUCUCUCUACUCACAUUGUUAUCUUUAGCAUUCUGUAAUGCAAUGUAUCGUGAAUGCUCAGUACUAUUUAUGUUUAUGCCUGAAAUGUCAAGAUGUGAGUAGAUGCAACUUUUGUGUAGGUCAAAAUAGUUGGAAAAUGUAAAACAAAUAUUUUCCCAACUACUUUUGCCUUACUAAUCAAACCUCAUGAAGUCAACAGAUGGUGUGAAGGACAAUCCUUGUGGAGAUGGGUAAAAGAUGACUAGAGCUGCAUUUAAUUUAGUGUGAACUGACUCAAAAAGACCAAAAAAAACUUGUUUACAGUAGCCUCAUAUCAGCACUAAUGGUUCAUUAAAGUUAUUUUCUGUUGUUUUUGAGAGUGAGUGAGUAAAUGUAAGAGAGAAAAGAAUAAGAUUUGCUGCUUUUUAAUCACAGAGCAUUUUAAAAUUGUAGAAAAAGGAGAACUUGCCAACCUACAAGCAAAUACCCUAAAUUAAAAAUGCCUGUCAUUAUUCUGUGUGCUUUUAUUGUACAAAUGACAAUUCUGAUUAUUUUUCUGCAAACAGGACAAAUUAUGUCAAUGGAGACUUGGCCACGAUAUAUACACAGUCCGAUAUAGACAAUAUGAAUUUGGAAGACUAUAGAGCAUGGACUGGUCUGCAUAAACUGUCGGAUGAAGACGAGUUCAGUUGGGUUCAUGGAGAUAGCACUUAUCGCAACUGGGCACACGAUCAGCCACAAGUGCAAGAAGGCAGUGAUUACUGUGCUGUUGUCCAUUACGGCUGCCACUGUUUUUAUAGUGAACUCUGUAACAGAAGAGCCUACUUCAUCUGUUCAAAAUUCCACGACGACCAUACAGGCAACUUUGUACCUCAGUCGAAGACAUGGGAAGAGGCCGUGGACUACUGCGAUAAUAUGCCAGGAUACCACAAUAUGCCAUUUUUCACCAGCAGCGAUGACAUGGACAGUGCUUUUCAACCACAGGAUUUUCCAGUCUGGACUGGACUGUACAGACAUGGGGGAACAUGGAAGUGGAGCAAAGGGUUUUCUGAGUACAGAAAUUGGUCACCCAGUCAACCAGAGAACAACAAUGACUGUGUCUCCAUCUCCUCUCUGGGCAAGCAGAUGUCGGUGCAAGAUUGCUCGGCCCAAUUUCCCUUCAUCUGCUUUCACGAUAACCUGGUCCUGGUAAAGGAGAACAAGACCUGGGAGGAGGCACUAGAACACUGUAGGGCCCUCGGCAAUCAUGACCUGGUCAGCGUGCAGCCUGGAAGUGACCUAGACUUCAUAAUGACAAGGGUCAUGGAGGCUGACACUGAGAAGGUGUGGACAGGCCUUCGUUUCUUGGCAGGUCAGUGGCUGUGGGUGAACCAGGCAGAUAUGUCGUACUCUGGCCUGCCUGACUGCCCCCUCGAAUGGCAGCACUGCGGAGCAUUAUCUAAAGAUGACGGAGAGAAUAUAAAGAUCAGAGAAUGUUCAGAGAGGAGGAAUUUCCUUUGUUAUAAAAUCUAGUGGCGAGAACAAUGACCAUCAUCACUAUCAGACUGUAAUGCAUUACAGUGCAAGUCAUUUUAUUUUAGGCAAUUGAAAAAUACUAGAUGUAUUUAUCUCGGUACAGUCUGGAUACAAAACAUAUGCAUAUGGAGGAUGUAGAUAGAUGGAUGGAUAGAUAAUGAAAUGAAACCAUUGUUUCCCCUACCCUCAGCAGCAAUGCCUUUGCAAGUGGAUCCCCCAUGGUAGACUUGCAGUACUGAUAGAUAAACACCAGGUGGCAGAUGUUUCUGUCUCUGGCAGCCUGGAAACGUCCUCCCACACCACCCUGACUGUUAUGCACAACUACUGAGCUGCAUCCAUCCAGUCGACAUGGGGGGCUUUCUUCCAAUCGUGUGGUCUCUGGACAUUUUAUAAUAAUAAAAAUUCCAUAUAUUUCCCUGUGUUGUCCAAAUUCUACACCAGUGUGAGUGUGAGUUUGAGUCAGAGGAGAUUUAUAGGCUCAGGAUAGAUUCUUCCAGUUACAGUAUGUGCUAUUAGUUUCAUUUACUUAUUUUAACUCAAGCUUUUUAAACAAUUCCCUCCUUAAAAUUUUGAGAAAAGUUAAGGGGAAACUAAGUAACAGAAUUGGCUGACUCAUUCUCACAAUUGCCUUUGGAAAAAGUUGAUGUCCCAGUUUUGUGGAUGCAAACACAAGAGCUUUAUCACCUACUCUUUUUUUCAGUUCCCUCUAGAACCCUACUGCUCACACUUACCAUGGUCCUGGGUUACGCAGUCACUCAGGUAUUUUUAAAAUGUAUUACUGGGGAAAUCAUGAGCAUAUGAACUCACCAGGUUGUCUUUGUCUGAACAAAUGACUGCAUCAGGAAGGAGGAAAAAAUGACUCAAGAGAAAUGUCUUUAGCAGAGACCAAGAUGAUUUGACAUAAACCAUGCAAGCACAGGACUCAACAACUUAAAUUGGUAUCAUUUUUUGCACAUUAUACUAACCUGACUUUACACAUAAGCUGCCACUCAAAUUACCUUAUUUUGCCCUCCAUGCUUAUUUUCCCUCUAAAUAAAUGUUACACUGAAAGCAUAAUUCCCAAGCAGUGUACCACCCCUAUCAAGCAUCUCCCAGCUUUGACUUCAGCUGGAGUUUGCUGCUGAAGGCUCUUUGUUGACGUCACUCACCUUGAAUCCAUUCCCUCUUUCCUGCAACACGGUGCUGUCUUUAUGAGACAGCUGGCAGUGUUUAUUGUAGUGAGAGAGUGACCUGUGGGGGUGGGAGUGAGCGGAGACUAGAGCUGAAGCCCUCAAGUCAAAACUCACACGGAAUUUCUCAAAUUGUCCGCUUAACUUGUUAAACAGUUGCUUGGCUGUCAACCUAACAGUGGUUUAACAAGGAGUGAAAAAAAACACACAGCAGAGAUAGGUUUGUUUCAGGUGACACAAACAGACCAGCAGAAAUCUAGAUAAUGACAGAAACUUCAAAAGCCUGAAUGUCUGUGUUGUCACUCUAAACCCUGUAUGUUAAAUGUAUAUCUGGAGCAUGAAAUACAUUAUAAAUCUGGCCACACUCUCCUUUCAUUAUUUCCUCACAAAUAAAACAAGGCAAUCAGAGAUGGCAGACUUCACCCCAUUCUCUCUGGCGCCUCUGCUGGUCAUAUUGUGCACAUAAGUGCAAGUGCGGAAGCACAAACAAACAGACACAGAGAAAAAAUAAUAAUUCACUACCACUCUGUGGGGUGAAUUGACAAAGAAAAUACUGGAAAUCUUAUUUUGCAGGUUCAUUCAGAUGCCAAAUUUGGUGAGUUGAAAUAUGCCUUUAACUUUGUGAUAUGGCUGUGAUGUCAGUGAGGGUGAACAGUUUAACGCUGAUGUCAGUGAGGUACAAUAAAGUGUAGAAGUGCCAACAGAUUUCCUUUUGACUUUGGAUACCAUGAUGAUGAUGAUGAUGGUGGGAAUGACAGACUCUACCACCAGGUAUGAAAAUCAUACAACAACGACAAUCACUGAAUGUUGUUACAUGCAGAUGAAACAGGGAGUUGAGUAAAUGCAACUUUGCAUCUGUUAAUUUAAUAAUUGUCUAUUAGAGUGCAAAUUAUGUGAUGUGAUGUGCAACACAAAAAGUACAUCAUACA